AUGCAGUCUCGGAUGGAUCAACAGCACGACUCGCUCAGGAAGACCUUGGAGGCGAACACAUGGGCGCUGCAGGACCUCCGCGGCAAGCUCAAGAUCUCCCCAAGCAGCAGGUUCACGACGACCUCCUCAGUGUCGCCCAUGUCUUCCCCGACCCCCGCUCCACCUCCGGACUUCGUCCUCUCCAUCUCCACCACCAACUCCAACGAACUCCAGCACGAAGUCACCAGCUCGACCACCAGCAAGCCAGCGAUGCCCUCCUCUGCGCCCUCCGUGGCAACCACGACGACAGAUCCACCACGGGACAGCUCCCUUGCCCUCCAGUUCUGCACCACCGAGCAGGUCACUGACCACGACAUCACCGGAUCCGACUCCGUCUUCGGCAAGCCGGCGACACCGACCACAACAAUGGCAUCCUCGACUACCUCCUCGACCUCUACGCUGCCUCAUGAGGUCGCCCCCACCAUAUCUAUCGGGAUCACAGAACACCUUUGGGAGAUGCACGCCAAGUGUUCGAUGUCGUGUCGCGACCCGAACGCCGAAGCCAUCGACGGCAGCUCGGCCACACAGCUGGAGGCGCUCGGCGCUGACAUCAACGACCCGCUCUGGAGCACCGCUUGCCUCAUCACCAGGCCACACCUCGUCAAGGAGGUUCAUAUGCAGUAUGCUGAAGCUGGUGUAAAACUGGCUGUUGAAGCUCGAGAUGAAUUCUGGAAGUCAGCACUUAGGAAGUCCAAGCCUAUCUACAACCGUGCUCUGGUUGCUGCAUCCACUGGGAGCUAUGGAGCCUAUCUUGCUGAUGGAUCAGAGUACAGUGGAUCAUACAGAGCUGACAUCACAGCCGAAAACCUGAAGGACUUCCACAGGCGCCGGCUGCAGGUCCUUGCAAGUGCCGGUCCUGACCUGAUUGUGUUUGAGUCAAAUUAUUGGAGGGAAGUACCGUGGAAAUAUUACCAGCUUUCUGUGGAGGGCAACGUAACUGAUGAACAGUCUGUUUAUUUGAUGCAUGGCUGGAAGCCCCCAUGGGUGUCUUAUGCGUGCAGAAACAUUUCUGGCCACCAUCGUGCUAGUAGCUUUGUCAAGGUAUUCUUGGGCAUCAACAUUGCUGAAGUGAAUUGGAAAUACAUGCAAGGCAAUAUGGCAGCAAAGGUUCUGGAGAUGUCUCGACUGCUGAUGCCUCCAUGGCCACCACCCAAUUGCAGAAUGAUGCUUCUGCAUUUUUGUGUUAGCAAUCUAUCUGUUCAACCAAUGAGUAUGCUUAUGGGCAAGUGCUUUCAUUGGAAAUUCUGGGAGUGGGAGUGCAGGAAGCAUUGGGACAUAGAUGACCUACAAGUUCCGAUUGACAACAUAUUAUAUUCCACAUGUAAGAUCCCUGGAUUGAAUCCAAAUGAAGCUGCAAUUGUAGUUGGAGCGAACAGUUCCAAGCCUGGUCCAUCGAGGUUGACAUUAUUAAGAGUUUACUGUGGAUCCACUUCCUGCCACAUCUCAGUUAAGUUAUACUUGGUUUUCAGUGCUAAUGGAAAUAUGCCAAGGAAAAAGCAAAUUGGUGCAACUUCAGUUUCAGGCAUUGCGCCAAAAGCUUAUGCAAGUACCCGGAAAUCUACAUAUGACAUAAUGGGUUUACUCUUCAUUUCGGGUAUCUCAACAAUGGCUUGGGAACAAGCCGUAAUUCAAGGAGGAAAGGAUGUUAGUAUGAGCAGCGCUUGCAAUCUAGCUUCUUCAGAGUUUGUUGUCGAUGUCACAGUAAUGGCUUGGGUGCAAACUGUUAAUGAGCAGAACCAAGUAGAUACAAGUAACAGGAAAUCUGCAUGUCACAUAUUUAAAUGCACAGAGCACAGAUUUGAGUUGUUUCAAAUUGAAGACCAAGGUGAUGCAUAUCAGUGUGUCAUGGUUAAAAACAACAAUGUUGGGUUAUCGAUGCAGCAGUUAUGGCCAUCAUCAGCGAUACCUGAACCUUGGCCACCACCUGUUACUGACAUGAUUACAAGCAGUCUAUAUAUUGUGUUUGUGCAGUUGAUAAUCCCUUGGCCAUCUCAACCUCAAGAAAAGUGUAGAGGUGUUCAUCUAUUUCACAAGACAUGUUUGUCUGAAUUAUGCAUACAAGAGCAGAAACCAUGGCACUUUGUACUGCAUGCUACAGUACAGGUGAGCAUAGCAGAAACUUGGAGGUUUGCUAUUCACAGUUCAUCUGAGGAUUUUGAGGUGGUCCACUGCAAUAAGUUCUCUCAGGAAGGGUUUGUUAGUGCAAUGGGACCCUGGCGGUUUUGA